AUGUUCGCUGCCCGCCGUAUCACCGCUAGCGUUCCCCGCGCCUUGUCUCAGCGGGCCUUGUUCCACAACACUGCCCCAGCUUUCGUCCAGAAGGGAGACUCCAUCCCCAACCUUGAUGUCCUUGUUGAGGACUCUCCCGGUAACAAGGUCAACCUCGCCAACGAGCUCAAGGGCAAGGGCGUCAUUGUCGGCGUCCCCGCAGCCUUCAGCCCUGCUUGCUCCAGCUCCCACGUCCCGGGAUUUAUCAACCACCCCAAGCUCAAGGAAGCCGGUCAGGUAUUCGUUGUCUCGGUCAACGAUCCGUUCGUCAUGAAGGCGUGGGCUGCCUCUCUCGACCCCUCCGGCAAGAGCGGUAUCCGCUUCCUGGGCGACCCGGCCGGCAAGUUCUCCGAGGCCCUCGAUGUCACCUUCGAUAGCUCGUCCAUCUUCGGCAACCACCGCAGCAAGCGCUACGCCCUGCUGGUCGAGAACGGCAAGGUCAAGGAGGCUUUCGUGGAGCCCGACAACACCGGUCUCAACGUCUCCGCCGCCGAGAAGGUCCUUGCUUAA